GCCGCUCAGCCUCCUGUGCCCGUCUAAGCCGCUGCUCGCCUCGCUCUCCUGCCCCCCUCCCCUCGAGAUGCGCGCCGGACUCCUGCUCCCGGUGGUCUUGGCGGUCUGGGUCACGAUCGCCUUUGCGGCCAGGAAGCCUUACGAACAAAUCCUGCAUCACAGCAGAAUCCGGGGCAGGCAUCAAGGUCCCAAUGUCUGUGCUGUGCUGAAGCUUAUUGGAACAAACAGGAAAUACCUGCCAAACUGCAAACUCUGGUACCAGAGGAAAAUCUGCGGCAAAUCAACAGUGAUUGCCUAUGAGUGCUGUCCUGGAUAUGAAGAAGUUCCAGGAGAGAAAGGCUGCCCAGCUGCUUUGCCACUCGCAAACCUUUAUGAAACACUUGGCAUUGUUGGAGCCACUACCACUCAACUCUAUUCUGCCAGCUCUAACCUGAGUGCUGAAAUCACUGGCCCUGGAAGCUACACGAUUUUUGCUCCAACCAAUGAGGCCUGGGCAUCUUUGCCUGCUGAAAUGUUGGAUUCUUUGGUGAGCAAUGUUAAUAUUGAGCUGCUAAAUGCUCUUCGCUACCACAUGGUGAAUAGGCGAGUCCUGACUGAUGACUUGCAACAUGGAACAAGUCUACCUUCAAUGUACCAGAAUAUUGACAUCCAGAUCCAUCAUUAUCCAAAUGGAAUUGUGACAGUGAACUGUGCAAGGUUAUUGAAGGCUGACCAUCAUGCUACUAAUGGAGUGGUUCAUCUUAUAGACAAAGUCAUUUCUACAACAACAAACAGUAUCCUGCAAAUUAUUGAGAUUGAAGAAAAUCUUGAGACCCUUAGGGCUGCUGUGGCAGCUGCUGGUCUUAACAAUCUGCUGGAUAGUGAAGGCCAGUUUACAUUGUUGGCUCCUACCAAUGAGGCCUUUGAGAAGAUCCCACAAGAAACUCUGAACAGGAUCCUAGGAGACCCAGAAGCUUUAAAAGAUCUGUUGAGUCACCACAUCUUGAAAUCGGCAAUGUGCGCUGAGGCCAUUAUCGCUGGCUUAUCGAUGGAAACGCUGGAGGGUAACAUGCUGGAAGUGGGCUGUAGUGGUGAUGAACUGACUCUCAAUGGAAGGCCCAUAAUUGCAAACAAGGAUGUCAUAGCAACUAAUGGUGUGAUACACUUCGUCAAUGAACUACUUAUCCCAGAUUCAGCUAAAACUUUGUUGGAAUUGGGAGAAGAAUCUGAAGUCUCAACAUCCAUUGACCUUUUUAGACAAGCUGGUCUCAGUUCACACCUCACUGGAAAUGAACGACUAACACUCCUUGCCCCCAUCAACUCCUUCUACAAAGAUCACACUGCAUCUGCAGACAGAAACUUGCUCCUGGAUCACAUUGUUAAAGACCAGCUUUCCUCUAAAUAUCUUUUUCAUGGACAGCAGCUGGAAACAUUGAGUGGCAAGAAGCUGCGAGUAUUUGUCUACCGCAAUAAUCUCUGCAUAGAAAAUGCCUGCAUUGCAGCCCAUGACAAAAGAGGAAGAUUUGGCACCUUGUUCACUGUGGAUAAGGUUUUGACUCCUCCUGUAGGAACUGUUAUGGAUGUCCUCAAAGCAGAUGAUCGUUUCAGUACCUUAGUGGCUGCCAUCCAGUCUGCAGGCCUCACAGAAACACUGAACAGGCCAAAGUCCUUCACAGUAUUUGCACCAACAAAUGAAGCUUUCCAAGCCAUGCCACAGGGAGAGCUGAACAAACUUAUGGGUAAUGCUAAAGAACUUGCCAACAUUCUGAAGUAUCACAUUGGGGAUGAAAUAUUGGUUAGUGGAGCGGUUGGCGCUGUUGUACGGUUGAAGUCUCUGCAGGGUGAUAAACUUGAAGUCAGCACCAGAAGCAAUAUAAUAAAUGUCAACAAGGAGCCUGUUGCUGAGGCAGACAUUAUGGCCACUAAUGGUGUGAUUUAUGCUGUGAAUACAGUUUUACAGCCACCAGCUUUUAGGCCUAAUGAAAGAGGUGAUGAACCUGCAGAUCCUGCACUGGAAAUCUUCAAGCAUGCUUCUGCAUCAUCCCAGAUUUCUCAAAGGAGUGCUCGGUUAGCUCCUGUGUAUUCCAGACUGUUAGCAAGGAUGAAGCAUUAAAGUGAAAGCCAUUGUUCCUGUAAAGCACAAAUAGGGAUUCAGCCAGAGUUUUUUUCAUUGGGUUUGUUGAAAAAAAGGACUCUGUUAUUCAUCUGUUUUUGUUCUUUUUUUUUUUUUUAGUAAACCAAGUAUUACACAAAUAUCAUGUUUUCCAUUUGAAAUGAAGGAGAGAAAAUAAAAGCCAUAUAUAUUUAAACCA